AAGUGUGCCGCCCUUUUUUAUACAAAUUAUCGAUCAAAUACAUAAGUUCCCCGACGUCAGAACCAUAUCGCGAGAGCAUAAACUCUUCUAAUUGUGGGGUUUUUAGUUUGGCGAUUGCUCGGAUGGAUGUGCCCAUAAUAUUGACCAACAAAGCGAGGACGUUGCCAUUUGCAGCUCAUUAAAGGACACGGACGCGGCGGCAGCAGGGGCAUACGUCGGUGGAGGUGUUGACUGGGGAAAGAAAGAGCACCACAAACAAAUCAAACAAUAAUCACCACAAAACCAACCACAACCAUCCAAAUCUCAGAUUAUGAGACAUGCAACAGAAAAAAAUAAACAUCAAGAACAUCAGAACAUCAGAACAUCAGACCAUCAAGACCAACAAGCAGAACCACAGCACGAACCACCACGAAAUGCUUAGAGCACGAAAAUAGAAAAUUCUAGAUUUGGCAAAUUAGGAUUUCAUUUCACGAAAGCGAUUCGAGGCGAAGCAAAGAGGCAGCCGCACACAGAAUUUCCCCAGAGAAAAGCCACCGGGGAGCCACGAACAAUAGCCACAAAACGCCAAGAUGGUGGACGACAUCUCCCCCAUGCACCAUCGCAUGCAGAAGAAGACGCGCAGCGCCUCCAUUUGCGCCACGGGGGCCAGCAUUGAGACGGUCAUCCAUGGCCUGCCCUCCGCCUCCGGCAGUGCCACGCCGGAGGGCGGCACGCCCGGCUACCGCCGACGCCGGCCGGCCACACGCUCCCAGAGCGCUCGCAUCACCUCGGGUGCCAGAUCGGUUCGCCAGCGCACCAAGGCCCAGCAGCAGCAGCAGCAACAGCAGCAUACGCUCCAGGAGACGCGAUCCUACUGCAACAGCGAGCCGCGUCUCAGCGAGACGGAGACGCCACCGCAGCGACGGAAGCUCUCGCAACGUCGGCCACAGCCACACGGACACAGAAAAUCGAACGCCUUCCUGGACGUCCCCACCAUGAACAUGCAUCACCUGCGCGUCAACGAUGACGACGAGGAUGUGGACAGACUGCGCACAUUCAGCGCAUCCAAAGGAGGCAUCAUUAAUCGCGGCGACUCGUUCCGACGUCGACGGUCGCGCAGUAACAGCCUGGCUCCGGCCAGCCCCAUGCACGCCCGCAACGGUGUCGGCGGCCUGGGCGGCAACACGGGCGGCGGCAGCAGCCAGGGCCUGGGCUCCGGCUACAACGGCGGAGGCAGCAGCAGCAACGGAUUCGGGCACGGACAGAACGCCCAGGAAAACCACCAGCCGGUGGAGUUCUAUCGCGUGGAGAUGCUUGGAUCGGCGGGCGUGGGCAAGCAGGCCCUGGUCUCACAGUUCCGCACCUCGGACUGCAUCAACGCCUACGAUGGACCAGAGUGCGAUGAGGGCGAACAGAACAUCUCCAUCAUCUUGAAUGGCACCGAGUCGGAGCUCAAGUUCCUCACUGGCAGCCCGGAGAGCAAGGACGAACUGGAAGAGGCGGAUGCGUUUCUAGUGGUCUACUCUUGCAUUGACAAGGAGUCCUUCACGAGGGCUAAGCAGAUUCUAUCGCGACUGCAGGACAUGGACCUGCACCGCCACCGCCCCAUCAUUCUGGUGGCCAACAAAAUUGAUUUGGCCCGCUCACGCGCCGUCUCUGCGCAGGAUGGCAAAUGUCUGGCCUGUGCGUUCGGAGCCAAGUUUAUCGAGGUCUCGGUGGGCAUCAAUCACAAUUGCGACGAGCUGCUGGCCGGGGCCCUCACCCAGAUACGGCUCAAGAAGGACCAGAACAUGUUGCAGCUGAAUCCGAAAAAGUCAAAAGAUAAAUCUAAAAUAAAAGAUAACAAGACCGUAGAGACUCUAGAAACUGAUAAAUUUCUGACUGAUCUUAAUGCCGACGAUGGGGGCCAUCGGGACGGCAGCUCUCCGGCGCACUGGUACAAGAGCCGCAGCGUGAUGCUGGCCAGCAUGAAGGCCCGACAGAUGCUCACCUGGAUACUGGGCAAGGAGGACUCCAAGUUCAAGCACUGCGAGAAUCUUCAAGUGCUGUAAGCCCGAGGGAAAACCAAACAAAAAUCGAUGUUAGUCUAUGUGUUAACUGUAUCGAUAUAUGAAUAUGUGUGUAAUCCAAGCCCAAAGCAGAAGGCUUCAGCAUCCAAUAUGUAAACAGGUUUCGAUAGUUCGAAGCAGGCAAACCACCCUCUCUGUCCCGCCCCCUGCCUCUGACCAGAUACAAGCCACAAUUCGCAUUAGCAAUUUACAAUUUCCGAUGCAUAACCUAAGCCUGAUAAUCAAAAAAUUAAAUCAAAUUUAAUGCUAAUCAAAAUCGAAAUCAAAAUCAAAGGACCGGCAAUGGAGAUAGAAGAUUAACCAAAGCAACUUAAUGGAACCAAGCGAAGCAGCAACCAAAAAACAACAAAAUACUUACUACUUACACACUAUAUGUACUUAACUAGCAACUUUAGUAAAUUUUCUAAGCUAUGAGCAUGUUAGAGGGGAUAUGUAUUUUUCAGAGCUGACUAGCAGAGAUGUACUAUUUACAAGGAGUACGUGAAUACGAUGAGGGGAAAGUGCUCCGCAAACCAAAAUUUAAAUAGCUAUGAAUGUUAAGCGAAUGCUUUCUAUAGGAUUUGAGUUUCUACUUUUUAAGGGGAGUCUUACAGGGUCGCGAUGAGCGCUUGAAAUGAUUAUAUAUAUAAUACGAGUAGUAACCAUUUAUGGGUGUCCAUCAUAUAUAGAUAUAGAAUUCAAUAUUCUUUGUGUCUUCCUUAGUCAAAUAUGUGUGUGUCUGUAAGUAUCUAUGUGUUAGGGAUUCAAAUAUGUACGAGUAUGUAUGUAUAUCCUCCCUGAAAAUGCAUUGCAAUGUAUGGAAUUUGAAUGUCAUCCACUGAGACAGUAAAUCUUGUAAAUGUGCUCGAUGUGGAAGCAUGGAGAAAAAAAAACUACAAUAAUAAUAUUACCAUUACAUAAUGGAAGCUAAAGAGAUCUGUGUGUGUGUGUGUAAAUAUGCUUAAUCACGUGUGGAUAUUGGCAUAGGUUCUACCAUGUAUAAAGUAUAAACUAUAAUAAAGAAAUAUUUAAAUGUUUAACAAUAUAAA